AUGUCUUUGUCCUUGUUAGCUCUCUUCUUUUGGCAGAGAUCUUACUUGGGUUUUGUCUAGUUGUUGUUCUGCUAAAUUAGCUCUAGCCAAUAAGAUCUUUCACUUCAGUAAAAUCUAUCUCUUUCUUGUUCCUGUACCAACUAAGAAGUUUGACCCUCUUGUUUUAUGUGCUCAACUUCAUCUGAGCUUAGGAAUAAGAUCCAACACUUUGCAACACUUUGGUAUCCCCAAACAGAACUUGUUCCCACCAGAUAGCUCCAGUGUUUCAUAGAACUUCGGGUUUGAUUCAAUCAUCAAAGACCAGUCUAUGUUAUAGUGUUUACUGACCUGUUAGGCUGUUACUACAAAAACUCAUUCAAUUUGGAACCAGGUGUUCUCAAAUAUAAUCAGUUGAAGGCUAAUGAGCUGUUAUCUGUUACAUUGUUCUAGGACGUCCUGAGAAACGAUGCCAAAUCAGCUAUGGUUUGCACUGCCAGUGAUUUAGAAGGGUGGAAAAAUUUCCCCAAGGGCCUGAGAGUUCUAGUUCUUGAUGAAGACACCAGUUAUUCGGCCGAGAUAAAAUCAAAGCUUGAGGCCAUGGAUUAUAUUGUUACUACAUUCUGCAAUGAAACCGAAGCAUUGUCAGCAUUUUCAAGCAACCCUGAAGGUUUCCAUGUUGCAAUUGUUGAGGUGAAUACAAGUAAAUGUGAUUGGGGUUUCCAAUUUCUCGACACUGCCAAGGACAUGCCAAUCAUUAUGACUUCAAACAUUCAUUGCCUGAACACCAUGAUGAAGUGUAUAUCGCUUGGUGCAGUUGAGUUUCUUCGGAAACCUCUCUGUGAUGAGAAACUUCAGAAUAUUUGGCAGCAUGUUGUUCAUAAGGCAUUCAAUGCAGGAGAGAAAGCAGUCUCUGAAUCAGUCAAGCUUGUUAGAGAGUCUUUACUACCCAUGUUGCAGCCCAAAUUGGAAACUGAACCACCAAAAUGCAAAAUCUCAGUGGUAACAGAAAACGCUCCCAGGGUUGUUGAACAUGACAAUGAACAAUCCACCGGAAGUGACAAGUACCCAGCUCCUUCAACACCACAGAUAAAACAAGGAUCUCGUUUACUGGAUGAUGGGGAUUGCCAAGAUCAAACUAACUGCUUUUCAGAGAAAGAGUGCGGGGAGCAUGAUGGUGAAUCUAAAUCUGUCGAAACUACAUGUGGCAAUGCUGAUGAUACUCAUCAAAUAAGUGAACCUCAGAUGCCUGAGAAGAUAGUGAUCAAACAGGAAAAGGACUCUCCUGAUGUUUCUAAGAGUGAAAAAAAUUUGUCUCAGCCUCAUAUUAGAGACUGUACCAAUGAUACUGGUCUUGCGACUGAAAAACUGAGUAAAAUAGCGGGUCUCAAUCAUUCAUACAAACCUAAUAGGAAAAAGAUGAAGGUAGACUGGACGCCGGAACUGCACAAAAAAUUUGUCCACGCAGUGGAGCAAUUGGGUGUAGAUCAAGCCAUUCCUUCUCGAAUACUUGAGCUUAUGAAAGCUGAAGGUUUGACAAGGCAUAAUGUAGCAAGCCAUCUCCAGCAGAAGUAUCGUAUGCACAAGAGACACAUAUUGCCGAAGGAUGAAGACCGCAGAAUGUUACAUCCUAGAGAUCCAACCCAAAUGUGUUAUUAUCCUCAUAAGCCUAUCAUGGCUUUUCCCCCAUAUCAUUAUAACAAUGGUGUAUCAAUGCCACCGGUCUAUCCUAUGUGGGGCCAACCUGCCAGCCACCCGUCCAAUAUCCAGAUGUGGGGUCCACCUAGCAAUCCUCCAUGGCAAUCGUCGGAUAGUUGGCAUUGGAAGCCUCCUUAUCCGGGGUUACAUGCUGAUGCUUGGGGUUGCCCUGUGAUGCCUCAACCUCUGCAAGGUGGUUAUUCCUCUUAUCCUCAAACUGCAUCAGGGGUUCAUAAUGCACAUAUAGUAGACAAUGGCUGCACAAUGGUACAUAACUCGGAACUUCAUCCGAUUGCAUCAGGGUUAAACAGCACACAUGUAGCAGGUAACGGCCAUAGCAUGGCACGUGAUUCUUCUGAACCUCAUCUGGCAGAUGAAAUCAUUGACAGGGUUGUAAAGGAGGCAAUGAGCCAGCCAUGGCUACCCCUCCCUUUAGGCCUUAAGCUUCCUUCCACUGAAGGUGUACUAGCUGAACUCUCAAGGCAAGGCAUCUCCAACAUCCCUCCGAUCAACGGUUCUAACUUCCGUUGACGCGUUCCCUUAUGGUACCGGCUCGCAAGCUAGGAGGUCCACAGUGAAUUAGCAUGAUGAGGACGCGUCAAUGGCGACAUUAUGUUACAAGGAAUACGAUGUCUUUUAGGCUUUUAGAUUUAACAUGUGUUUCACUUGAUUUGUGAGGGCCAAACUACCUAUUGUGGCCUCGGAGCUACCUGAGUUAUCUCUGUCAUCAUUUUAACACAAGAGAGCAUGAGUCAAGUUCAGAUGUUGACACACUCAAAAUAACUGAGUUGGAUCCUUUCCAUCUUUAGCAAUGGUUAGCUGGAGCAACUUUUUUCGGUGGACAUUAGACGGCUGUGGCCAGGCCACGUUGAUGAAAUGCUGCCCAUGUAAAAUUCAAUUCCGAGUGUAAAUAGUUCCAAACACAAAUGAGGGUCCUCCCUUGUUAUCUUAUAUGAUCUGUUCUGUAAGGUGAUGUCCUUUUUAGUGUUGUUGAGUAGGUCAUGCAGUGGUUGCUGUCUAAUAAUGGAAGGGAUAGCAGUGUUGCUCUGCCCCACGAGGCACUUGUGAAUUAUUUCAACGAAAAUGAAGCUUUACAAGUGGAUGCUGACUUGGGGCUUAUCUUGUUCUUGUUUAGUUGUUUGUAUCAAGAAAAAUGGACCAGCG